CGGGAUUGCAUUUCACUCUCACCUAUUAUGGAAGAGACCGUAUAAUUUAUAUGUUUUUUAAUUACAACAAUUACGUUUGCUUACCUUCUUGCCCAGUCGAUCAUUGCAAGUAAUUUCAAUCAUUGCAGAUAUCCAGUAUAACCAAGAAUUCCAGAACUAACUCAAUUGUAAAACAAAUAUUGUAAAAUUGUAAAACACUUUGCACAUAAAUUUAGCUAAAUGACAUUUCUCAAAAAGCCAGCUGACAGUUGAAAUAUUUUGAAGCCAAUGUACAUAAGUGUUGCUUUGCUAACGAAUAAUAAAUAGUAUCAUUUUUACAAUCGUUUUUAUCUCGAUAAUAUAUAUAUUCAUUAGAGGUAAGUGAUACGCUUCCAAUCAUAAAGUCAACUUUAAAAAAAAUGGAGCCGUUAUAAAUAAAUUUGUAUAAUUUAAGUCCCUUAUCGAAGGAGGCCUCGAAAAUUAUAUAAAUAUUUUUUAAUCGUUUUAUUUUGGCGCGAAGAUGACAAAUCCGUGAACGGAAACUACACAUUUACCAUAGAUUUUGACUAAUUCCACUAUAUUUUUAAGCAAUUCAAAAGCUCACAUUAUUAUAUCAAGGUGAAAAAUGUCCAAAUAGAAAACAUGUACUUUUAGUUAUUCGAAACUGGACUUACACUUUUGUCGUACCAAUAAGUGCAGCCAGAGGUCAAAUUGCAGCUCUGUUAGUUACAAGUAACAACAAAAAUUUGUUUUGUUUACGAAAAACAGAAAUCAAAAAUCAUAUUUUCGUAAACAUAGUUAGUCAAGAUUUUCUCAUACAUAAGCUUUAAUUAUUAAUUUAAAGCCCGUGUGAGACUAGUCAUGUCUAUGAUACCUUUCUUUCCAUCGUUGCGACCACAAAUUGCAAAUCGCAUUUGGUUCGAAACUAAUACUCCACCAAGCGAAGAUGAUGUUUUGCGUUAUGAGCGGGAUCAUGAUAAUUGGAAGGAAUCUAUAAAAAAUGCGGCAAGUGAUAUUCCGCCUCUAGGUAAAGUUUUAACAAGACCAGGGCCUGAAACUGAUGACGAAGAUGCUAACGAUGAUAGCGAUGAUUCGGAUACACACGAUGAUGAUGAUGAUACAAAUGACAGAGCUAUUCCUGGUCAGCCAGAGCAUUCUGCACUUUAUUCGCCUGGUGAUGAUGCUAACCCAAUUAAUGAAGAUGUGCCAACAACAGUCGACACUUUGUAAACCGUUUUUCUUUCCUUGUGGCUGUUUAAUUUUUUUAUGAAGUAGAAUAAUAAUUUAAUUUUGCAAAUCUGAAAA